ACUGUAUAAAAAGCUCUGGAUUUCAUUGAACUUCCUCAGUUUCAGCUUCAAUUUUUUUGACCAGCAAAAUAAACAAAGAAAAUCAACUUAAAAAUAAUGAAUUGCAUUAUCAUUUUGUCUAUCAUUGCCUGCGCCUUGAAUGCCUCUAUGGCAUCCGGCAGUCACCACAAGGCAGAAAAGGCUCAUUCUGCAGUCAUGUCGCAUGUUGCUGAAAAAAUGGGAAGUGUUCGCAUGAUGAGAUCGAAUAGAGUUCACCUAGAAUGCUACAAUGGAUUUCUGCCAUUGAUCAACUCCUUGGCACUCAAGGCAAAGGAAAACUCAAAUCUGUGUGUGAAAGAUGCCGAUAACAAAAAAGAUACAGUAUCCGCCAACUUGAACAGCACCGAGGUCGCAGCUGCAGUUAAACAGAUCACCGAUUCAUUGGAAGAUUGCUCUAACCAGAAAGGUUUGGAAUACUUCGUCUGCCUUUCCAAUAAUGCUGACAAGAAUCUACAACUUUUGGAGAUCAUCAAAACCAAAUCUCAACAAAUGCUUCAACAAAACACUGUUGAAGUUGGUCAAAUCGAUUCUGAUGAGCACAGUUGUAUCAUGGAUGCAGUUGACAAGGCUAAGAACGAAAGCGAUCUUGCUUUCGGCAAGCUCAAGUCUUGCAUCAAUGGUGAAGCCACAUUUGAUGAAGUCGAACAAGACGAAGCAGUUGAAGCUUAAAUUGAGCUGUGAAUUGAAAAAUCAUCAAGGAAAUGUGAAGGUUUUUUAAUAAAUUAAAGUGCAUUAAAAAAAUCUUGUUUUUA